AUGUCUCGUAUCCUGAAUACUCUUCGACAUACCCGACUGGAUCCCACAGGAAUGCACUUUUGUGUUGCUUGGCCUUUCCAGGGCAGCACCACCCAAUGUUUCAAGGUUGAAGUUGAAGAUCAGAAUGCCUGGGUCAGAUUUAUGGCGGAUUCUCACGAUUCUGCAGCCUUUGAUUAUCUUACAAUGGAUUGUUUCGAAACCUCCGAAUUCAGGUGCAAAAGGACUUCAACAGACAGUAUAUUCUGGGUUAAGGUGUUUAAGGGUAACAAGGAUCAGGGAACAGGUCUUGUCCCUCUUAUGUUGGUUCUGAGUGAGAGGAAGAAGCAGCACAGUCGGCUACGGGAGAUUCCUACAGGCUGUGCUCAAGGAGAAGCUGUUUUGAAUCUUCCGGCACCCAAGUAA